AUGUUAUCAUUAACAAUCUUUAUCAUCUCUGGAGUCUAUGAAAUAUUUAGGGACGAAUCGAAUGAAGAAAUCGACAAUGGAAAGUCUUGCAGCAAUGAUUUAGAACUUGGUGGUGAUAAUGGUCGUCAGAUCAUCCGAAUUCUCCUCGAACUGAUCAUGGCCGAUUUUCCGCCACUUGUCAGUUCAGCGCUGAACGUGUUCUUCCGCUUGUUUAAUCAGAGAGCGGAGCUCCUGAACGCAUUGAAGCAGAUACAAUUGCUCGUAUCCCAACAAGACGUGCAGAACUAUCAGCAAGUGAACCGAGACCUGCUCCUGCUGAAAAAUCUUACGGAGAAAAGUGAGUUGUGGGUUUACAGCCAAAGAAAUCGCAAUUCAUCGCUGUUGAAUGGAGUGGAUCACGAUAAAGGGAGUGACGAAGCGGAUAGCGUAUUGCCAAAAAAGCGCUCCCUCAUUCGAUUGCAGAGCAGCGAUAGCUUGGAGGCGAAGGAAGAAGAUCGUAAAGUUCUUAUGAACUUGUUCAGGCAGCUUAACCACGAUUAUCCGUUGAGCAGUGAACACUGCUACCAGCUGCUUCAAGACCUGUUUUCCAACCAGCGUGAUACUGAUGUUGAAGCCAGCUGGCUGAUCGACCAGUCGCACCGCCUCAAUUACAUGAUAGUCGAGCAGCCUGAUGCGGUCGAUACUCUCAGCGCGAUAUUCAACGGCAAUCGUGAUUUGUGCACGGAUGUCAACGAACGUCUGAUUCACCAUAUAGUUCAGUUGAUAGAGAGAAAAGGAAGGAAUGUCUCUUUUCUGCGCUUCCUGCAGACACUGUUGCCUGAAGACAAGCCAAUCGCUGUUACUCAAGACAAAGUCUCACAAGCGGUAAAGUGA